GAGGCCGGGCAGGAGGCGCAGAGCGGCGCGGCGGGGCCCGGCCCGGCGCUGACCCGGGCGCUGCAUGGAGCUCGGCGGGAAGGGCGGCGGGGCGGCGCGGGGGCAGCUCCUCGCCGGGGGAGCGCAGGACCGCGCGGAAGGGCGGCAGAGCGUCCCUGUGGGUAGAGAUUUAAUAUUUCAUUUUGAACAGGAUUUACAAGAAGAACGUCGGGCAUUGAAAGAGGAUCAAAAAAUGCAUCGGAGCAAGGCAAUGAAAUAUUUGAUGGAGACAAACAGAAGAAGAAGAGCCUUUGAAGAAAGACAGAAGGAAGAAGAAGCAAAAGAACAAAGAUUUAGAGAACAAGUUCUGCAGCAGAGGAAAAUUAAAUUUCAGGAGGCAACUGCUAAGGUCCGACAUGCUCAUCAGUCCUUUUCUCAGCAGAAACAAACAGCUCUGAUCCCUCCAGUCCAGACAAAAGCAGCUUUUCAGUUAGAAGAAGCUCUUGAACAAAUUAAAGGAUCUGUUUUAACACCAGGACUGUGCUUGCAAAACAUAAACAAAAUCAACUUCAGAACCACAGAUGACACUUCAUGCUCAUCAGCAUGUAGGAGUGAUUCUUUCUGUCAGAAGCAGAAUUCAGCAAUGUUUGGCUGUGACAAAACAACACAGGAGAGCAGUAAAACAGACAUGGACAGUCACCAACUUCACUUCCAGAAAAAUCUGAAAGAAAUGCAAGAGCUCCUUGAAAAACAGCAUCUCAACAACUUGGAGAAUUUUCAUCAAGAAGUCAAAGAAACAGAUGAUUCAGAAAGCCUGAUGAGCCUUGACAGUCUUGAGGCUGGAGAACAAAAUGGAAAUUGCACAACACAAAAUGAAUCAUCUUUUACCACACAGUGUGACUGUGCCCUGUAUGAUCCAGAAAAAUGCCAGACUAGGAAUAAUGGUAUACUUCACACAGAUCAAAGUACUUCUAAAAAUGUGCAUCUAAAUAAUUGUCUGAGAAAUGUAGAUUUGCUACACUACCACAACAUACCUAUUCAUGAUCUUUUAGCUAAACAUAAUGUUCUAACUCCUGCUGAACAUGUAAACACUUCAGAAGAGGAAUCAUCUGCUUCUCACAGAUCUGGAAAACAACCUGCAGAAUUCUCUGCCUCUGGUAAGCAAAAGAGCUCUGUAAGUAAUGCAUUUCGUUUUCUGCAAAACAUAAAAGGCAGAAGCAAGCCAUCUUCUGGAACAGCCAGCACAUUUGCCACUGGUCAUCCUGUUUGCAAUCCUAGCAGAGCUUGGGACAGCCCUGAUUCUAUUCCAGGAGAAAGAAUUCAGGAUCUGAUGCAAGAUCAGAGUUUUAAAAUGACCCCACAGGAGAGAACUAAAUCUAUGCAAGCAUCCAGUCAACCUAUUGCAACAUCUGAAAUCUUAUUGCCUAAUCAGGGAUGUUCCACUGGCAUUCCCAGCACAGCUGAUGUAUUACCAAAGGAAAACAACGUCAGUACAGGCUUUUUAAAAAAUACCUUAGGAAAAAUGACUGAAACAAAAGAAGAAAAUAUUAAAUGUAUGAAUGAUAGUAUUUCAGAAACAUCUUUAUUUCAGGACCUACCAAAUGCUUCAGUUCUUUUGGAAGUUAAGCAACAGAAUAAUAAAGAAGGAAAGGGAAAUAUAAUUGAAUAUAUGUCACUGUUACCUGAUACAGAGUUCAAUUCUGACACUCCUGCACAGGACAAAAUCCUGAAAAAUAAUAUUCUUGAAAGAAAAAGAGUGAAGUUAUUCAGAAGUAUCCUAAAGAAGGGUUCUAAUUAUGAACCUAGUAAUUCUAAAGCUGUGGUUACAGACCAUGCGAUCAGUUUUGGAACUCAACUCAUGUCAUCUAUCAGAGACAGUUUAGAACUGGCAAAAAUAAAAAAGAAGAGUGCAGGAAAUGAAAAAUGCAAUAGGAAGCUAAAAUGGUGUGAUGAAAUUGACCAGAUAAUAAUAGAAAAUAAUGAAAAAUGCUGUGAAAAAAGCAUCAGUGAAAUAUGUUCUUCAAAACUGCAAUGUGUUCAAACUGCAAAUAACGCUCCUAAGAAUAAUUUAAGUAUUGUUGCUCAGUCUUCAAACCCCAUGUUCAUAAAAAAUCAUCAGAAAAAUUCAUAUAUGUCAAAACCAAACAUUAAUACUGAAAAAUCAAAUAAAGAAUACCCAUCUCAGAAUAUAUUUACAUCUACAGGAUCCUUUUCUGCUAAGAAAGCUUGGAUGGUAUCAAAAGAUGAAGCAAGUAAACCCUCAGUAUGUAGCAAUAAUGCUAAAAUUAAAGAAGGUGAUCAACUCAAAAAUAAGGCAAAAAUAACCAGAAGAGCAACAUCUGUAAGAGUCCAGUCACGUUUUAUGCCCAAGAAGAGAAGAGGCACUAUGAUGCAACUGCAGUCAGCCACUGCAGCCAACAAAACUCAAAAAGCUCCAGGGAAAUACCUCGUACCUCACCCACCUUCCACACCUCUGCCAGGAAACAGAAGUGUUGAGAACACAGCCAGCCCUGGGUGUCAGUCACUGCCACCUGCCAGCCUGCAAGCUACCAGUGCUAGUAGCAGUGAUUUCAAUGACAGGCAUGUUGUGCCAGCCAGUCAGGUUUUAAAUAGGAACAGUGCAGAAAACAGUGAGAAUAUUGCUGGUUGUGCUGGUGUGGCUACUGCCAUCUCUACACCUGACUGCAGCACAGCCAAAUACAAACCUUGGGCAAAAAAUACUUGUUCUGUAAAUAAUGUUAAGGCAAGCGCCUGUCAAGAUCAUUCAGUAACUUGCUCUGAGAGAAGACCUUUUAACACAGAAAACAGAUUACAUCUCCAUCAUAUCCCAGCAGCUGGAAAAACAAGCACCUUCUCUCACAGAGCACAUUCUACCCAAGCUCAAAAAGAUGCUGCUACUGGUGGUGUUCCUGUUACAAGACAAAAUCAGGUUUUUGGUAACUAUGAAAACAAACACCGAGGUUUUUCAGAAUGCAGAAGACAAAGUGUCAUCUCUAAAAUAUGGAAGCCUGCUCAUCAUGCACAGAAUUCAUUAUGUGCUGUCCAGCUGAGUCCCAUUCAAUCUGCAUUUGAUCCAGUACAAAAGAUGAAAAACAUCUCUGAAUCUGAGGAAGUUUCAGAAAGCACUGCUCAGUUUCUAGUGGCAGAAAAACUAGCAAGUACACCAAUUGCAGACGGUGAAAUCCUGGCAGCCAUGGACCUUGUGAAGCCAACCAAACAGCUCUCACUGCUUAAAAGGGCUCAGUGUCCAGGCAGGAGUACUCUUUCCAUAGAAGAACAGAAGAUUUUCCAGUCUCUGGAUUGUCUGGAUCAAAAGCUACAAAAUAUUCAAAAAGCCAUUACCAGAAACCCAUUUGCUUCACAUGUUUUGCAGAUAAGCAACCCUUAACUUUUGCAGCUCUGUGAAUUUGAGACUGAAACACCCCAGGAAGCAUCCCAGCUCCUAAAUUCAAAAUGAUUGCCUGGUUUUGAAGUGAGACUCUGAAAAGACAACUGUGCAUCAGUGCCUUUCUUCUUGUGAAUCUCAGUAAUAGGUGUGACUUGGAACCUCAGUUUCAUUUCUUCUGCCUCCUAUCUUAUAAAUGCAGAUGUUUAUGGCUAAAAAACUUGUAAUGUUUAUUUUCUGCACAGUUACCUUUAUUGGAUCUAAGUGUGUUUUAAUAAUGCGUUUUUGAGCUUUUUCUCUGGUCCUUCAUGGUCUGUCCUACAUUAAAAACAAAAAUAAAAACAAAAAACCAACCAAACGAAAAAAACCCAAAAACAAAACCAAAAACUGUUUUCCUCACUAGUGCAUUUCUCUGGCUUUCAGUAGACAGAAUUCUUUCUUGGCUGACUGGUCUGUGACAAAGCUUUCUCCCACUAAUUCAUCUACAAGAUUUUUAUUUCAUGAAUAACAUUCAAACACUAGAUAUUGCUCAGGCUGUCCAGUCUCUGGAACUUUAAGUUCUCUGCUGGUCAUUUAAAACCCUUCUUUCACUACGAGUAUAUACUUACACAUUGAAACAGGUGUCCAGCUAUAGAUAUACAUUCAAAUCUCAGCCACUGGCUUGGAAUUCUUCUUGAUGAUAAGAAUGAACUGUCAUGCAAGUAUCCAGCUGCAGAAAAAAGUACAGAUGAAUGAGAUCAAAUCUACUGGGAGAAACAAUGGGGUUUAAAAUUUUUACUUCACCAAGAGAACAACCUGUUUCAGCUCUCCUUGUUUCAGAGCGUCCAGAUAAAACAUGGAUAUUUACCCAGUAUUUUCUGUGAAGGACCUUGUACUCUGUAAUACCAACCUCUAAAUCCAGAUGAAGGUAUGUAGUUGUUUAUAGAAUGGAAAACAGAUCACAUGAUGCCAUCAAAUGAUGUUUCUUGAAUGUUAUACAUAAUCACAUUUCUGUAGAUAUACAUGCAUAUCUCAUUGUAGUCUGUUUUAAACUGGAGUAUUCAGCAAUGCAUGUCCUCCCCUUGGGUGAGCCAUGCAAUGGCCUCACAGCAGUACCAGAGUACCUCCAGCUGGCAAUCCACUGCAAUUGUACAGGAGACAGUGACAUUAUCUGCUACAGGAUCUUGUGGCUUUAUGUAUUUUAUAUGCAGUGUGUAUAAUGUUUGACAAUACAAAAUUAGCAACAAAAUUAAGAAGAAAGUAGAAACUCAAAUAAUGAAUGUCAAUUGACUGGUAGGCAUUUUUAGGAUAAGUAAGUCUAUUUUAUUCCGCACUUUAUUGUAAAAUCAGUUUUAAAAAACCCAUCUGAAUUGUUAUGCCAGUUCUGGAUUAAAGGCCUUUUGUUAACCAGCAUGAUACUUCAAUUUGUGAAGUUAGUUAAUUGCUAAGAAAUGGUGAGUUUUUAACUUCUUCUUUUUCACUUCCUCUGCUGUUUCGAUAAAAAGUAGAUAAAUAUUCAUAGAAUCAUAAAAUCACAAAAUCAUUUCAGUUGGAAGAUCAUUGAGUUCAACCUGACACUGCAGUGUUUGCCACUAAACCAAGUA